GUUCGAUUGUGUUUUUGGUAUCAGUAUUCGUACAGCUCUUCUAUCAGCACAACACAUCCAACCAAUCCAAUCAAAAUGAAGUUCUUCAUUGCAAUCAUGGCUGUGGCGUUCGUCGCUGCCUCGGAGGCGUCCUACCUGCCAUACGAUGAUGUCCUGUCCUACCAGCACGGCUACGGCUAUGGACUUCCGGUGUCGAAGGUGGUCUAUGGCUCGUCGUACGGUCUCCCAGCAGCGGUGGACAAGUACUCCUACCCAUCAUCGUUCUACGGUUCCUAUCCGGCCGUGAAGAAAGUGGUCGAAUACCCGUCGGUUGCUCCAGUGCUGGCCACCAAGGUCGUUGAUAACAGCUACGAUCUGGGAUACAACAAGCUGGUCGCUCCAGUCCUGAGCAGCGGAUACGGUCUGGGAUACAACAAGCUGGUCAGCGGAUACGGUCUGGGAUACAACAAGCUGGUCAGCGGAUACGGUCUGGGAUACAACAAGCUGGUCGCUCCCGUCGUCGCCACCAAAGUCGUCGAUAAUGGACUGUGGAACUAUGGAGGAUACGGUCUGGGAUACAACAAGUAUCUGUCGACUGCUCCCGUUGCCAAAUACGUGUUGUAAAUGUAGAUAAUAUUGUUUUAAUAAACCGGCUCCGAUGCAUGACGUGUGAAUGUUAA